AUGGUCGGCCAGAUUACUUACACCGAGGACCAGAUCCUCUUCGUCCUGCGGCUCACCCUCGACAAGGUCAAGGGCGCCGUCAUCCUGACGGAAUACGAGAAGCGCUUCAACAAGACCCUUACGGCCUCGCAGCUUCGGUAUGUCAAGAGCAAGUACGGCCACGACCCCGAGUUCGGGACAGCAUUGAUCAACGGAACACUCCCGAGCAAUGGCGGAAACAGAAAGACCGCACCAUCGACACCCCGACGGAGUACGGUCAUCUCUCGGCCAGUGCAAGAUUUCAACCAACCCGCUAUUCAAACAGCCGCGAAUGCGUAUUCACUCGCGCCCCUCGCGUCAGCGAGCCAUCACCAACUCGACGCCCAUCUUCCGUCACCGUCCACCACAUUCUCCAGACAUCCCCAACAAAACACCCAACAACAGUCACCACCCCAGCCCAGCAACCAUUCACAUCCGGGCCUGACACUGGCACUGCCCGGCAUGCCGGCAGCGGUCACCGAGAUGCCGGCGUGGGACCCGGACAAUCCCUACGGCGUACAGCCCGUCUUACAGCAGUACAACCGCGAGCUGCGAAGCAAACCGACCAAGCGCAGUCAUUCCGACUUUGAAGACGCCGUCAAGGAGGAACAAGGCCCAGAGGACACCGAGACUAUCGAUCCCAAACGCUUGAAGCUCGAAUCGCCCAUGAUCGUGCCCAAGUUCGAAGACCGAGACGACGAAGCGGUCUUCCUCCUGCAAACUGAUACCCCAGACGCGCCCUCGCCGCUCGAAAUCUAUCAGGGGCCCGAGGCCGAUAAGCUCAUCGACGAACUUCUCGACCAGAUCGAUGCGGAGAUGAGGGGGCAGGAACCUACAAUGCCGUCGAUUUCAACGACGCUUACGCAACCAGCACCGCCAACGGUAGCAUUGACAGCUGCAGUGCCUCCCAUGGCUCUAAGACAAGCCACGCCGUAUCUCCAGGCACCGCAGAUGGACUUCUACAGCCCCUACAACUACGACUACGGCCUUGCAAACUACGGAAUGGAGACCGCGAUGUACUUCUCCAACCCGGCUUCGGACGCCUCGAACCCGAGCUUGAUCUUCUCGGAGACGGACACGAACCCCGCCUGGAGCCCGUACUUGGACAACGUCGUCGACAACAGUCACUGGGGAAACACUCCCAACCUCUCGACGUACGCGCUUCCAAACCUAGUUGACCUCGAUACGGUCGUGGACCCGACGUUGGCUUCGUAUAUGGACCCCGCGCUCCUGAGUGGCUUGAGCAGCGGAGGCGAUAUCACGACGGAAUCCCACAAUCAAAUGGGAAACGUUACGGAUUUUGGGAUAACUUCACCAGUAGAGAAUCAGUCAGGAGGUCAAAGCAAUGCCGAAGCCUUCAUGGGCUUCGACUGGGAUCAGAUGCUAAACUUUGACGGCAAUGCCGGUUCAUUCAACGACGAGUUUCAACAGUACCCGCCUCUUGAGUAG